AUGGCGGCCAUGCUUCAACCGGGAAUGCUAAGUCAUCGUGAACAAACCAUGGCUUCUGACGAUUAUCCAGACUGGCUAACAGCAGAACAUAGAACAGGAGUAAGAUAAAUUGUUAUUUUUUAUAAAAGAGGACAUUUUCUGUUGAAUAGCUUCUCAUUUAUGGUCUUUUUCAGACAACAAUAAUGGCUGUUGAGUUCAAUGGCGGCGUGGUGAUAGGUGCUGAUUCACGAACAACAACUGGGUAGGUGAACCGUUGCUCUUAGUCAUCAAGUAGAUGUAUGGAAAGGGAGAUAAAUUUUCUAAGUCAUACGAGAAACGUUGACUUGAUUCGAACGAUUAGCGUGUGGCCAAAGUCCUCAUUUAAAAAGAUGGCGAACGCUCCAAACGGUGUUUUUCAAUGGCCAUAAAAGUUACUACUUUAUUCGUGAUUGUUGCACUCUGCUGAUAAAGACUUGAGCUGAAUUCAAAGAUCAGGUUGUCCAAUUCUUUAUUUUUUCUCUGUUUUAGCCUCCAUAAGUUGUAUUGUGAAUUAGGAGAGAGAUUUGAUGUUGUGUAAAGAAAAGAUUGCUUAGUUCGAUUCAGAAGGCUGCUUCUUGUCAAAAUCCAUUUGCCCUCUUUAGGAAGGACCAUGAGAGGGGAAGUGGAGAUUGAGAUGAAAAAAAAAUCCAUUUUUAUUUGUGUUUUUUUCCCUUUUUUUUCGUUUUAUCCCAUGCUCUUUGUAUGUUUGUCUAGCCUUGUUGCCUGCAUUUCUCAAACCCUCUGGCCCUGCCCCCCUCCUCAUUCUUUAUCUCGAAUACCCUGAGCUCCAGAUUCCCUUCUUAGGCACUUGCAGUUCCUGCUGUCAACUUCUCUUUUGGUCCAUCCCUUGUCAACUGAUUUAUUAGGAGAAAUUACAUGUUUAUCACAUAUUAGAUCAGAAUACAAUGCACAUGUAGCUAACUCUCUCUUAGUGCCUUUUACCAUCCUGGAGUAUAAUAAGAUGCCUGUAAAAGUGCAAGGACACCUUACUAGAUGCUUGAGUCCCCUGUGCUACAUUUGUUCUGAAAAAAAGACAAUUUUCUUAAGAAAUCGUUAGGCCACUAGACUCAAAUGACUCUUUUUUAUAACUUGUUUCCCCUAUUUAGUGCAUACAUAGCAAACCGAGUAACAGAUAAGCUGACUCCAGUGACAGAUAGAGUGUUUUGUUGCCGAUCAGGAUCUGCAGCAGCGACACAGGCCAUUGCUGAUAUAGCUAAAUAUCAUUUGAACUUCAUCAGGUAAUAUUGGUGUAUUUUUUGAGUUGAUUGGAGAAGAAGCUUUAUUGAGUUAAUUUCCUCUCUAUAUAAGUGUUUUGUCUUUGAACUAUAGUGCUACUGAUUUCUAUGAGUAACUUAACCCUUUAAACUUCCACAAGUGACCAAGACAGAAUUUCUCCUUACAAUAUCAAUACAAUAUCAAGCAGGCAGGUGAUGAGAAUAGAGAAGAAUAUCAAUUAUGGGAUUAUUAGUUGAUCCAAUACCAAAUUCUCUGAACUAACAUCAUAAGAAUUGUAUGGCAGAUAGUAAGGAGAAUUACUAAUUAGAUCUUGGGAGGUGAAAGGGUUAAGCCCAACAUCUGAUUGUUAAUUUUCCCCUCUAGCUGCUAUGCAUUUCCUUGUAAAUUAGUAUGAGAAUUUAGUGUUUUAUCAAGAUAACAACUUCCAACUGAUAAGUUUGGAUUCUCUCAGAACCUGUUUCUGGAUAAUGUAUGGAUAUUGUAGAGAGAAAUUAAUUGUUAAUCACUUUUGGGAGUUAAAGUGUUAAACCUUAAUGGGAUGUAUUGAUGGUAAUAUCUUGUAAACUGAUUUAAAUUUCUUGAGAGAAGUUUUAAAAAUUGAAGUCUUGUACCACUUCAUGUAGUAGUGUAUUCACUGUUAAAAUAAAAUGUCAUUGAAUCGAAAAGAUAACCUUUUGAUAAUCAUUUUUUCCCUAUAGCAUUGAAAUGGGUGAACAGCCACUUGUGAAAACAGUGGCUAAUGUCUUCCGUGAGGUUUGUUAUGGAAACCGUGAUUCACUGACAGCUGGCAUUAUUUGUGCAGGCUGGGAUAAGAGGGAAGGAGGACAGGUAAGAUGAGCUUAUUUUACUAACAGUAAUGCCACAGCUGUUACCAGCAUCACUUAGAUAGAAUCAACCAAUCCCAACAAGAGGACAAUAAAGAGGCUAUAGAGGUCAAGAUGAGAUGUCCAUCAUUUAACCCUUUACACCCUAACAUCAGUAUCCAUAUUCUCCAUACUCUUCUUUAUACAAUUCCUUUGGUACUGACAGGGAGAAUUUGUUUAACAAUCAAGAGUUUUGUUAGGUUGGCGACCAUUUCUGUUAUUCUCAUGAUCUUAAUGAAUGAUUCAGCAGUAUUACUGUAAGGAGAAAUUACAUGCUGGUCACUUACAGAGAUUAAAGAGGUUAAUAGGGACAAGGAGCUUGAGCUUCCAAAGAUCUUCCAGACCAUGCUCCCAUCAGAGGGGAGGGGCACUCUGAGCAAGUGGUUACAAAGUCUUUUGCUGUGUAAUAACUUACUUCAACAGACUGAUGAAGGCUGUGCAAUUCAGUAGAAAUAUUUUCUGAGAGAAACCAACUGCAUUAUGGUUUUGAAACUUUAAAUGAACAUUUGUCCUUCUGAUCACAUUAUUGGAAAAGCACAGUGGUUCCAACUAAACUGAAUUGACCCAAUCAGUGCAUAAUACUCAAGCUGUCAAAUAUGACAAGAAUUUGGACAAAAUUAAUUGCUUGCUCUUUGUUAUUAUAUUGGUCAAUUUUUAGUUAUAACUCUGAUAUCGGUAGUUUGCAAAAGUUAAAAUGGGACCAAAUGUUCACAGUAAGGAGGAAAACAUUCAUGUUGCAAUAAUAGAUAAAACUAGAUAUCAGUUAGCAUUCCAGUAUAAAGAUACUAAGAUAAUUGUGGUUACCAAUCAUAUAUAAUUUUCAGAGGCAUAUGUAUAUUGCUGAAAGUGUUGAAAUAUUUCACGUACAUGUAGUGUCUGGAACUAUUUGAGUGCUUGAUUACUUUAUUGCAUAAGGCUACAGUGUAUAUGCAAAUUUGGCAUUAUUUUAUCUGUAUUUACCGCUGUAGAAUCUUUUGGUUUUAAAUAGUUUUUGCUAAGUAUGUAAUUAGUUUACAAAUGUUUGAUAUUAUUUUUUAUAGGUUUUUUCAAUUCCCCUGGGUGGAAUGUGUGUGAGGCAGCCCUUUGCCAUAGGAGGUAAAUAUUAGAAGACACUUUAAAUUAGUAGAUGCCUUGUUGGAAGUCUCAUGCAGGUUCAAAUGCAAAGAUAGUUCACAAUGAUUCUGAGAAGAUUUUCAAUGUGUAAGUUUUUUUUUUUUUUUUUUUUUUUUUUCAGGAUCUGGAAGUACUUACAUUUAUGGCCAUUGUGAUGCUACUUACAAACAUGGAAUGACAAAGGAGGAGUGUUUCAAAUUUGUGGCAAAUGGUUGGUAUUGAAAUGCACUUGGAAACCUUUUUUUUUUUGUCUACCCCAGAAGCUGGUGUGAUGACCUAUGGCUUUGUCAUAGGGAGGCCUUGUAAUGACAGAUAUUAUUGAAAUAUCUUUCAAAACUUUCCAGAGAACAUUUUGAAUGGUGCUAUUUAAAUGAUGUUGGCUACUGGUACAUGUAGAUCCCUAUGACCUGUAGCCUUGGGAUCUCUGCAGAAAUCAGAUUUCCAUUAGAGGGGUCAGAGAAUUUGUUUAACAAGCAAGAGCCUCUUGAGUUGGUGAUCAUCUUCUUUAUUCUCAUAACCUUAAUGUGUGAUCCAGGGGUGAUAACAUAGGGAGAAUUGAGAUGCUAGUUAGUCUAAGGGGUUCAAGGCUUAAUGCUUUGGAAAGUGGCAUAAGCUCUGUGCUAAGUAUGCCCCCAUUCCCUUGCCUUGUUGGCUGGAGCUUAUGCGUUCAACUGUAGCCACCCCCCACCCUCCCCCUCCAAACUCUAAAAUUUGCUGUGCUACCCUGAAGAUAGAUCACUUGGCUCCAGUGAAAACUUUAACAAACUACUGUAACAACCCUAUCACUUCUAGUAGUGACCCAUGGGGAAUUUUUCCUGUCAAUGUCAAUACAUUUUUACUUAGAAAGGUGACGAGAGGAAAUAACAUCAUCAUUUUGAGACAUUGUUUGGUUUAGUACUUAACACUCAAAGCUUAAAUUACAAGAAAUGUGUGGCGAAAGGUUUGGAAAAUUACAAUUUACUAAAUGUUAAUUUUUUUUUUUUUUGCUUUCAGCUGUGGCGUUGGCUAUGUCAAGGGAUGGUUCAUCAGGUGGAAUAAUCCGUUUGGCAGCCAUUGAUGAGUCAGGCAUAGAAAGGAGAGUUAUUCUCGGAAAUGAGCUUCCUACAUUCUACGAAGGAUAAAUAGCACCACUGAAAGUUUCCUGUUCCAUUGACAUUUUAUUUGUAUUAAAAUUAAUCACCGUCUGUAGAGCAGAAAUAAAAUCUCGUGGUUUGAGUAGUCUAACUCGGGUAUGAUCAGUACUUGAUGUAUUUAAAAAACUUAAAACAGAUCUUUUGUUGAACUUGUUUUACUU